GAACGAACGUACCGACGCCGAGGCGGGACGUAAGGUUGGCGGCGACGCACGUGCGCGUCUCCGGCCCGAGACUACAGUAAUGAGUUGGUGGCCUAGCAACCUCCAAAGUUGCCAGAACAAAGGGGAUUUAGCGAUGGAGGCUUUGUUGGAAGGAAUACAAAAUCGGGGACAUGGUGGGGCAUUCUUGACAUCCUGUGAAGCAGAACUACAAGAGCUCAUGAAACAGAUUGACAUAAUGGUGGCUCAUAAAAAAUCUGAAUGGGAGGGGCAGACACAUGCUCUAGAAACUUGCUUGGACAUCCGUGAACAGGAACUUAAGACUCUCAGGAGUCAGUUGGAUAUAAAACAAAAAGAGGUUGGAUUGUUGAAGCAGCAGAUAGAAGACCAUGAAAAAAUCAAGCAAGAGAUGGCCAUGGAGUACAAGCAAGAGUUAAAGAAACUACACGAAGAAUUAGGCAGACUGAAAAGAAGCUAUGAGAAGCUGCAGAAAAAACAAAUAAGGGAAUUCAGAGGAAAUACCAAAAAUCACAGGGAGGAUCGGACUGAGAUUGAGAGGUUAACUGGAAAAAUAGAGGAAUUUCGUCAGAAAUCACUGGACUGGGAGAAGCAGCGCUUGAUUUAUCAGCAACAGGUAUCUUCUCUGGAGGCACAAAGGAAGGCUCUAGCUGAACAAUCAGAGAUAAUUCAGGCUCAGCUCAGCAAUCGGAAACAGAAAUUAGAGUCUGUAGAGCUGUCCAGCCAAUCGGAAAUUCAGCACCUGAGCAGUAAACUUGAGCGAGCCAAGGACACCAUCUGUGCCAAUGAGUUGGAAAUUGAGCGCCUUAACAUGAGGGUUAAUGACUUGGUUGGAACCAAUAUGACUAUUCUGCAGGAGCAGCGACAAAAAGAAGAAAAACUGAGGGAAUCUGAGAAACUAUUAGAGGCUCUGCAGGAUGAAAAGAGAGAAUUGAAGGCAAAUCUUCAGAGUCAAGAAAAUUUCAUCCGUGAGGCAAAAAUGCAAAAGGAGAAGCUACAAGCAAAAUUAAAAGUAACUGGCACUCAACACACACCAGAGGCCAUAAGGCCACUGGAGGAGUCCCAGGCAGAAAGGAAGUACACCCCUCAAGGGCAGGAGGACAUAGAUAGUAUGCUUUCCCAUCUGGAUUUCACCCAUGCAAGUGAAGAACUUCUGCAGGCAGAGGUGACUCGUCUUGAAGGCAGUUUGGAAUCUGUGAGUGCAACAUGUAAACAGCUGAGCCAAGAGCUAAUGGAGAAAUAUGAAGAACUAAAGAAGAUGGAAGGACAUAACAAUGAGUACAGGGCAGAGAUUAAGAAGUUGAAAGAACAGAUUUUACAGGCUGACCAGAGUUAUAGCUCUGCACUAGAAGGAAUGAAGGUAGAAAUCUCUCAGUUAACUCGGGAGCUGCAUCAGCGAGAUAUCACUAUUGCCUCUGCCAAGUGUUCUUCCUCAGACAUGGAGAAGCAACUCAAAGCAGAGAUGCAGAAGGCAGAAGAAAAAGCAGUGGAGCACAAGGAGAUUUUGAAUCAGGUGGAAUCAUUAAAGUUAGAAAAUCGUCAACUUUCUGAAAUGGUGAUGAAGUUGGAAUUGGGUUUACAUGAGGCAAAAGAGAUUUCACUAACAGACCUUCAGGAGAAUUAUAUUGAGGCAUUAAAUAAAUUAGUGUCUGAAAAUCAACAACUACAGAAAGAUUUGAUGGAUACCAAAUCUCAACUGGAGAUCGCUACUCAGAUAUGCCAAAAAAAAGACAAUAUCUUUAAGCCGACACUCUGCAGAACGACUGAGUUCAGGAAUACAGAGUUUAAGCCAGCCCUUGGCCAGCACAGACCUGAUGGAAUAAAGACUGAGCACUACAAAACAGGUUUCCACCCUGUGAGAGGAAAAGCAUCAGAUGGUGUGGACCCCAUGCCCAGGGUCCUCACCCCUUUGAGUCCUCAAGUCAGCCCCUGCAGCUCUGCAGUUUCUUUGCCUUCUUACUUUCUGUGUCAGACUAACUGUUCAGUGCUAGAUGCGAAUAAUGCCAAUUUUUCUGACACUACAUCUGACAGUCUGAAUGACCAAGAAGAAUUUGUAUCUUCGUGUUCCAUACCUGUGUCUCCCCUGGGUUCCAUAGCUACCAGGUUUUUGGAAGAGGAGGAACUGAGGUCUCAUCAUAUUCUGGAACGCCUAGAUGCCCACAUUGAAGAGUUGAAAAGAGAGAGUGAAAAGACAGUGAGACAGUUCACAACCCUAAUGUAGCCACUUAUAACAUCACAAACUUGGAAAUAAAAGUAAACAUCGAAGAGUUACUGUCAUCUGAAGGAGCAGUUUAAAAACAUGAACAUUAUCAAGAUGAUGCUUACUAAAGCAGUAGUAAAGAAACCUGAAAAAUUGGUGCUUCUCUUAGACACUUUUAUGCACUGGUUUGUUUGAAGAACUUUCAGCAAUAACUGAGAAUAAAUCACUUUGCAGACUUUCUCUCAUAUGAAUAUUUAUUAUCAUAAAGUGACUUUUUUCUUGCUAACUUCAAUGUGAAUAGCUGUGCACUAAUUAAAAUAAAGAUUUCAUGAUACA